AGAGUAAAAAAGUGAGGUUAAGUUUAAUUUUGCUUUUACGUAACACUUGAGAGUCCAGGGUAAAAUUUGUCAAAUUUCCCGUGUGACCCGCUUAUAAAUACUCGAAUAAGAAUGUUUCGUAACGCCCUAUCCCGUGCCCAAAUGGCCAUCAAACCUGUAUUAACGAGAAAUGUGACCACAAGCAGUAAGUUGUUGAGCAAAGCAUCCACAGAGACAGACGAACAGUUCGACCAGAGAUACGAAAAAUUCUUUAACCAAAAAGAUCUUGACGGUUGGGACAUCCGUAGGGGGCUCACGGAUCUUUGGGGCCACGAUUUGGUACCGGAACCAACCAUCUUGGCAGCAGCUUUAAGAGCAUGUAAAAGGGUCAAUGAUUAUGCUCUUGCAGUUAGGCUGCUUGAGGCAGUGAAGGAUAAAUGCGGCGGCAAGGAGAGUGAAAUCUAUCCUUGGGUUAUCCAGGAAUUGAGGCCUACAUUAACCGACUUGGGAAUCAGCACCCCCGAGGAAAUGGGAUAUGACAAGCCUGAAUUAUACACUCAAUCAGUCUUUGACAUGUAGGUGGUUACUCUAGUCUGAUUAUUGUUAGAACUUACCAAAGAAAUCUCUCUGAAUAUUUGUCUAGUCAAUCAUGUCUGGUUCACUUUAUUUGUAGUUACAAAUAAAUAUGUUUUAGUGGUA